AGUUACGUUGGGCGGGGUUGCCGGAAGAAGUGGCGAAGUUUCUUUUGCUCCUUGUUUUCUUUUGCGCUCAGCAGUGCUCUACCUCCAAGGAAGUCCCCGAGCCCCCGAAGUUACUUUUGAGGGGACCAAGUAGCGGCGGCGAGCGAGGAGAACAGCGCGGGGCCCGAGGCAGCUCCUGUGUCCCCAGGCCGAUUCCAGGGCACCCGGAGUCGGAGACCCCCGCGAGGCCGCGCACCGGACCCUGCGCGCAGUCAUGAGCCCCGCCUUCCACUGGUGCUCGGAGAGGGGCGGCGCCUGGAGCGAGGCUGCUCCGUGACCCCACCAUGUCCUCCCCCAACACGAGUUCCCUGGACACCCCAGUGCCUGGAGAUGGCUCCCCUCAGCCCAGCACCUCCUCCUCCUCUUCACCCGCCAUAAAGGAGGAGGGGCUGGAGCCUGAUGUCCCAGGCACUAAUGGGGUUGACUCUGCCAACAUCGUGGGUGAGACAGGAACACGGUUGACAGGGAGGGAUGGAGGCCGGGAACAAGCAGAGAAGCAAGUCAUCUUAGAGCAGGAGGAUGAACCGGAACGCAAGCGCAAGAAAGGUCCUGCUCCGAAGAUGCUGGGCCACGAGCUGUGCCGCGUGUGUGGGGACAAGGCCUCAGGCUUCCACUAUAAUGUGCUGAGCUGCGAAGGCUGCAAGGGCUUCUUCCGGCGCAGCGUGGUCCAUGGCGGGGCCGGGCGCUAUGCCUGCCGGGGCAGUGGGACCUGCCAGAUGGAUGCCUUCAUGCGGCGCAAGUGCCAGCUGUGCCGACUGCGCAAGUGCAAAGAGGCCGGGAUGCGGGAGCAGUGCGUCCUCUCUGAAGAGCAGAUCCGCCAGAAGAAGAUUCAGAAGCAGCAGCAGCAGCCGCCACCACAGCCGCCAGUGGAGCUGGCCAGCAGCUCAGCGUCUGGGCCAGGGGUGUCCCCUGGAGGGUCGGAGGCCAGCAGCCAGGGCUGCGGGGAAGGGGAAGGCGUUCAGUUGACUGCUGCGCAGGAGCUGAUGAUCCAGCAGCUGGUGGCGGCGCAGCUCCAGUGCAACAAGCGCUCUUUCUCCGACCAGCCUAAAGUGACGCCCUGGCCCCUGGGCGCAGACCCCCAGUCCCGUGACGCACGCCAACAGCGUUUUGCCCACUUCACGGAGCUGGCCAUCAUCUCCGUCCAGGAGAUUGUGGACUUUGCCAAGCAGGUGCCUGGCUUCCUGCAGCUGGGCCGUGAGGACCAGAUUGCUCUCCUAAAGGCAUCCACCAUAGAGAUCAUGUUGCUGGAGACAGCCCGGCGUUACAACCAUGAGACAGAGUGUAUCACCUUCCUGAAGGACUUCACCUACAGCAAAGAUGACUUCCAUCGUGCAGGCCUGCAGGUGGAGUUCAUCAACCCCAUCUUUGAGUUCUCCAGGGCCAUGCGCCGGCUGGGCCUGGACGACGCCGAGUACGCCCUCCUCAUUGCCAUCAACAUUUUCUCAGCUGACCGACCCAACGUGCAGGAGCCAAGCCGCGUGGAGGCACUGCAGCAACCCUAUGUGGAGGCGUUGCUGUCCUACACGCGAAUCAAGAGGCCACAGGACCAACUUCGCUUCCCACGCAUGCUGAUGAAGUUGGUAAGCCUUCGCACGCUCAGCUCAGUGCACUCUGAGCAGGUCUUUGCCCUGCGGCUCCAGGACAAGAAGCUACCGCCCCUGCUCUCUGAAAUCUGGGAUGUGCACGAGUGAUGGAGAGCCUUGCCACGGCCCAGCAUUGCACCCUCAGCAGAGGGACUAUGCCCUGGCUUUCUGGGUGCCCGCCAGGCCCAACCUCAACACCCUCUGCAGUUGGCACCGGGACUCCGUUCUGCCCACCGAGUCUUCCAGGAGGGGUGAGGGUCACAGGCCCCACUUCCCUAGCUGCGCUGCCGCUCAGUGCCCAGCUUACACCUCAAGCCCACCAUGCCAUUGCACCUUGGGCGGACCGGAUCGAGGGCUAGUGGGGCUCUUCGCAGCCCGAAGACCGCGGCCCCAGCCCCAUUUCUCUGCGCCUUUUAUUUAAUAAAAAAUAAAAACAA